UGGAUUUGUGAUGAUUGUAAUCUGCUGUUGUCUCCGGAGAGAGUUCUCAUUCAAUAAAAUUAUUUAUUUUUGGAAGAAGGAAACUCUAAACCAUCAGACUAUCGAAGCCUUUCUAAGGAACCAUGGACCUAUUGCUAUUAGAAUAUACAAUUAUUCAAAUAUCAAGAAAAUGACUAACUUCUUUAAAAAUAAAUUAGGCGAAGGAGGCUAUGGUGGUGUCUACAAGGGGAAGUUACAUGAUGGCUGUUUCAUGGCAGUAAAGGUUUUGAAAAAAUCAAGAGGUAAUGGAGAGGAAUUCAUUAACGAGGUUGCAAGCAUUAGUAGGACUUCCUAUGUCAACAUUGUCUCUCUUAUGGGCUUUUGCUUUGAGGGUUCUAAAAGAGCUCUCAUUUUUGAGUUUAUGUCAAACGGAUCUCUUGAGAAGUUUAUAUAUAAAGAAAGUCCAUUGAAGGUUGAUCGGCGAUUGGAAUGGGAGGCAUUAUACAGGAUUGCACUUGGCAUUGCUCGAGGAUUGGAGUAUUUACAUAGAGGUUGCAACACACGAAUCUUGCAUUUUGGCAUAAAGCCUCACAACAUUCUUUUGGAUGAGAAAUUUUGCCCAAAGAUUUUCGACUUUGGCCUUUCAAAAAUAUGCCCUAGAGAAAAUAGUAUCAUAUCAAUGUUGGAUGCGAGAGGGACUACAGGAUAUAUAGCUCCAGAAGUAUUUUGUAGAAACUUUGGAGGAGUCUCUCAUAAGUCAGAUGUUUAUAGCUACAAAAUGAUGAUUUUUGAAAUGGUUGGGGGAAGAAGGAAUAAAGAUGUCAAGAUUGAUCAUACCAGUGAAAUAUUCUUUCCACAUUGGAUUUACAAGUGUCUUGAACAUGAUGAUCUAGGAUUGCAUGGCCUUAUGAAUGAAGAGGAUCACGAAAGUGCAAGGAAGAUGAUAAUAGUAAGUUUGUGGUGCAUCCAGACUGACCCUUCAAGCCGGCCAUCAAUGAGUAGGGUUGUGAAUAUGUUGGAAGGGAGUCUUGAAUCCUUGCAAGUACCACCCAAGCCUUACUUGUCUUCGCCAUCAAGAUCACCAGAAGAUUAUUCAACAAUAAUGAGCUCUUUAUAG